AAUAUUAAUGACACCAUCAAUAAAGCAAGACUAAUGUACUCUGGACUCAAUGCCAAUCUUACAGUCAGAGAUUACCAAGGAAGUAUGCAUACUGAACAUGUCCAAAUGUUCAUCACCAAUCUAGGGAAAGACAAUAUUCUUCUAGGAACAGACUGGUUGAAAUACCAUAACCCUUCCAUUGGAUGGAAACAUCAUGAAGUACAUUUUGAUUGGUGCCCCCAAAAUUGCCAGCAGCCACAUGGCAUCUAG